AAUAUUUAGCGAGGUGCACGCAUGCGUACACGGCACUCCGGCGUGACUCAACUGUUAACAAGUUUAGUUAGUUUUCUAGUCUUAUCGUGGCUUUUGUUAACGGUUUAGUUUUAUGUUUAAGCAGACAGGGGGAAGUUUUAACGAGCUGUAAAGUUAGCUUGAAGUGUUACGGUGAAGACAACUUUGUGAAAGCUACUUCUGGAUCAGCAGACCGCUUGUAGUCACUUUUGAAAUAAUGCUCCUGAGUGCAGAGCACUAAAUGCCCACAAUGAGUCUACGAGGCCUGUCACUGAGAGCGCUGCUGCUCCUGGGGCUUUGGCACACUGGGAGGAGAAGUCUAGCCUCAGCUCCAGGGCUGCAGGAUCAGCCCAAAAAGAUAGCUGUGGUGGGAGCGGGCAUUGGUGGCUCAGCCACAGCAUAUUACCUGAGGAAGGAGUUUGGAGCCGGAGUGAAGAUCGAUGUGUUUGAACCUGGUGAAGUUGGCGGGCGAUUAGCGACAGUGAAGAUUGGGGAUUAUGAAUAUGAGACGGGAGGCUCCGUGAUCCAUCCUCUGAAUCUACACAUGAAGGAAUUUAUUGAGAGAUUAGGUAUUCCUCCGAGGAAAGACGUCCCUUCUAAAAUGGCAAUAUUUGAUGGAAAGGAGCUCACAUUUGAAGAGAGUGAUUGGUUUAUUGUAAAUUUCUUGCGCAUGCUCUGGCGAUACGGGUUCAGCUUUCUUCGAAUGCACAUGUGGGUGGAGAGCAUUUUGGACAAAUUUAUGAGGAUCUACCAGUAUCAGCAGUAUGGGUAUUCGUUCUCCAGUGUGGAGAGGCUCCUGCAUGCCAUGGGUGGCGAUAGUUUUCUGACCCUGAUGAAUCAAACCCUGGAGGAAACCAUGAUGGGCGAAGGAUUUUCACAGAUCUUCCUCAACGAUAUCGUUGCACCAAUCACUCGUGUCAACUACGGCCAAAGUGUCCGCAUCAAUGGCUUUGUGGGGGCUGUGUCAUUAGCGGGGGCAGAUUCAGGCCUGUGGGCAGUGGAUGGAGGCAAUAAAAGAGUGUGCUCAGGACUGCUGUACCACAGCAAGAGUGAGCUCAUCCCAGCCAGAGUGACUUCCAUUUCAGUCAAAGUUCGCCCAUCCAAGACAGGCACCACAACCAGCUUCUACGAGGUCAAUUAUGUUGGAGACUCAGGCUCAGCGCACUCUCUGUAUGACAUAGUGGUAAUAGCAACGCCACUUCACCUGGGAAAGUCUGACAUCACCUUCUCAGGCUUUUCCCCUCCAAUCCCGUCUCACUACCCUGGGCGCUACCACCAGACGGUCUCCACUCUGGUCCAUGGCAUGCUUAACAUGUCCUACCUCGGGACCACAGAGCUGGCCUCACAGUUCAUGGUGUCUGAUGUCCUCACCACGGACUCAAAGGGCUCUUUCAUCAACAGCCUUAGCUCUCUCGACCCUGUGCACAUCCCUCCGAAUUACAAGCGACCCCCCGCCAGCCAGACCAAAGUCUGGAAGGUGUUCUCUUCCCAGCCGCUGUCCCAGGAGCAGCUGCACAGUAUGUUCCUCUCCUGGGAUUCAGUGUCAGAGACUAAGUGGCUGGCUUAUCCCGCUUACCGCCCGCCACACCGCAAGACCCCUCCCUUCAUCCUGCACAACCGGCUGUACUACCUCAACGCUGUGGAGUGGGCAGCGAGCGCCAUGGAGAUGAGCGCCAUCUCCGCCAGGAACGUGGCCCUGCUGGCACAUCACCGCUGGCACAGCCAAGUCCGCAAGAUCGACCAAGAGGACCUGCACACCCGCCUAAGAGGGGAACUCUGAGGAGGGAAAACUACUUGAGAAGAGAACCAAAAGCAAUAAAAUACUAUCAUGUAUACACCCACACAGUUACACACAGGCUGCACUGUAACUGUAACACUCCUGUCGGGGCAAAUCCCAACACUUUCAUCAGGUAUCUGGGGUGCUGUGCCCUCUAUAAACCUAAAGAAUAAUUCAGUUUCAUUACAACUUGGGUCUUAUUUUUGCAGUUUUGACCAUCAUUUUUAUCCAGUACAUUGUGUUCACAAAAGUAAACGCUGAGAUCUGGGAUCUCGGUGACAUCACUACAAAAAAGUCAAAUGGAGCAAGAAGUACAAGAGUUGAGAUCAGGUUGUAAGUAAGACAAUUGUUUUGCCAGACUAUUUAUCACUUUAUAUUGAAAAAUCAAAAGUGAGUGUCAGUAAUACUCCUUCAUGGCGCAGGAUAACUGUAUGCAGGUAAAAGUUGAAUUAGGAAGUCGUCUGUUAAAGAAUAGCGUCACCAUUUUUCAAGUCUGUUAAAAAAAAAAAAACAAUAGUCAGGUGUCCAAAUAAACAUUGAUACAGGUUUUUCUUGCUGCAAUUCUCCGGGUACAAUUUGCUGGUGGUGUUUACAACAUGGACCUGCAUUUUCAGAUCUCAGCAGUAAACUGGACGCAACUAUGAAAAUAAGACCCUUUGUUGCAAUAAAGAUGAAUUAUCCUUUAAUUACCAUAACUGUAGCCACAGGCCAUCAUUCUCAGUACUGAAACCUGAAAGCAUCACCAGCAACAGCAGCACAAAUCACAUGAAAAGGUGGAACAACAUUGUCCUGUGCUGAAUUUUGUUAUCACUGUGAACCACGCUGCACUGCAGGGUAGACACAUAAGUGUUCCUUUGUCUGUUUAAGUGUCCAGUUUUUUUCCCCCCCUUAAUGUGCAUUGCUGCUGUUAUGAACACAGUACAGCUAACCUAUAAGAAACCAGCUUGUUGGUGCCACACAGACCAACCAUCGUCAACCUUUGGCCAACUUCUUGCGUUGUAUUCGCUAAUGUAAAGAUGUCCCUUUGUCUUCCGAUGAUUCCAAUGAGUCUCUCUACCUCCUCAACAGACUACUGUAUAUGUAGUUAGUGAGUACAGGCAGCUGUCAGCAAGAGAGUUGUGCCACCAUGAAGAUUUCUUAGUAAAUUGGAUGUUAUUGAUGUCACUUAAAAAAGCAUUAACAAGUCCAAUUUUAUUUUUUAACUUUAAAUAUAUUUUAGACCAUGAUUGGAGAGUCUAAUCACUGAUAGUCACUGAUAAUGAUAACAUGUAAACACUAUGAUUGUGCUUAAAUUAAUUAAUAUCAAAGUAUUGAUCUUAUGUCUUUAUUAAAUGAUUAUUCUCCCUGUAUUUUUAUAAAUUAUUUGUCCUUUAGAUCUUCCUGUGUCACUGAGCAUUGCUAUCAGUCUGAACACCACGAUCCAGCUGGGAUGAGAUUGAUGCAUUUCUGUAUUUUGUUGAUGGGGAAGACUGUUUUAAAGUAUUCAGUACUUCUGAUUUAUUGGAUCUGACAUUUUACCAGAUGUGAUGUUGUUUGAAAAUACUGUUCCUACCUAAACCACUCUCAUGUUCGUCAAUCAUUUUGGGAAGAAAUCUGCAGUUUGCUAAUAGUUUCUGAAGCACUUUUAGAGGUGUUUUUUUUUUUUUUUUUUUUUUUUUUUUUAGAUUUUUAGUCCUCCAGUUGAGUGUGUGUCAGGACUUACUGUAGCAUAUUAAUAGUGCACUUUAAUUGAUACGAGUCCCUUGCAAAUGCCAAAAGAACAAUAAGAGGAGAGAUACUGGCUCCCUCUGCACAAAAACAGCAAGACUUUUUUUUAACAAAUAAAACAGUUUCAUUAUAGAUUUAAUUUGAUUUCAAACAAUACUGAAACCUCCCAGAUGAUACUUGUAUCUUUUGAAAAUGUUUACAAUCACAAUAAAGUGAUGAGAUCUUG